GCUCGCGAGGACCCCGCAUGGCCAAGAUGGCGGCGCCCGCGCGGCAAGUGACCAACCUCCUCGGGCUGGCGGCGACCCUGGGCCCCGGGUCCCGUGGCUACCGGGCGCCGCCGCCCCCUCGCCGCUCGCCGGGGCCCUGGUGGCCGGACCCGCAAGACCCACUGACCCCGCGCUGGCAGCUGGGGCCGCGCUAUGCGGCCAAGCAGUUCGCGCGGCACGGAGCCGCCUCCGGGGUGGCUGCCGGUUCACUGUGGCCAUCGCGGGAACAGCUGCGCGAGCUAGAGGCUGAGGAGCUCGAGUGGUACCCGAGUCUGGAGGCCAUGCAGGAGUCUCUGAGGGUGCAGCAGCUGGCGGAGGAGCAGAAGCGUCAGGCCAGGGAGCAGCUCAUUGCAGAGUGCAUGGCCCUGAUGCCCCAGAUGAUUGAGAGCUGGCGGCAGCGACAGCAGCAGCGCAGGGAGCAGGAGCAGGCGGACAAGCAGCGGCGGGCUCGGCUGCAAGCUGAGGCCCAGGAGCGCCUGGGCUACCAUGUGGACCCGAGAAGCACCCGCUUCCAGGAGUUGCUGCAAGACCUGGAGAAGCAGGAGCGCAAGCGCCUCAAGGAGGAUAAACAAAGACAGAAGAAGGAGGCGCGAGCUGCUGCAAUGGCUGCCGCUGCUGUCCAAGACCCAGCAGCCUCUGUGGCACCCAGCUCCUGAGCUGUGUUCUUUCCCAAUAAAACCUGCUGCCUGUCAGCCCCACUC